ACCUCAUCAUGAGCAGCAGCAGCAAGAAGGUCCGUGAAGGGGACGACGCGCUGGCCAAGGCCGAGAAGCUAUUGACGACGACCAUGUUCCGCUGGUCGCCCGACUACAUGUCGGCGUCUCCGUACCUGGAGAAGGCGGCCGAGGCCUUCCGCGCCGGCCAAGCGCUCGACCGUGCGGCCAAGACGUACGUGCGGCUCGCCGAGGUGCAGCACAAGAACGGCGCAGUCUUCCGCGCCGCCAUGCACAUGGAAACGGCCGCCAAGAUCCAUCUGCAGUACGCGCCCAAGCAGCCGCAGCCCGCGAUGCAGUACUACCAGAUGGGCAGCGCGUACUACAGCGAGAUGGGCGAGCUCGGGAAGGCCGCCGAGAUGCUCAUGAAGGGCGCGGCCGCGCUCGAAGCCGUCAACGUGUCCGACGUCAAGCACAUGUACUUGGAGGCGUGUGACCUCAUGGAGACGCAGGACAAGCCUCACUUUGCCGUCGACGUCUUCCGCAAGACCGCCGCGUUUCUCGUCAAGCGCAAGGACUACGCCGAUGCAGUUGUCAACUACGAGCGGCAAGUCGCCCUCUUCCGCGCCAUGGGCCAGAAAGAAAACAUGAACAAGAGCUUUGCCAGCAUCAUUGUGCUCAAGUGCGCAAUGCAGGACGUCAUUGCUGCCGACCAGGCGUACAUGACGCACCUCCAGGACGACGGCUUUCUGAGCUCGGACGAGUGCGCGCUCAGCGAAGACCUCAUCGGUGCGCUCAAGCGCAGUGACGACGCGCAGCUCCAAGUCGUACUCAAGAAGCCCCAGUGGCAGUACGUGGAUACAUGCAUUGGCCGCCUCGUGCGCACGCUGAGCCUCUACGGCGGGGCCAAGCCGCCGAGCUCUGCAGCGCCAGUCUCUGCAGCCAAGAGCACGUCGUUUCCGCCGUCAACACAGCGGACGCAAGCGUCACUGCCGACAACCGCGUCGGCUGGAAGCAGCACGGCCUUUUCAUUUGACGAACUCGAGUUUUCGAGCAGCCCCGUCGUCGACACGGCGGCCGCGAUCGCGUCGCUGCAGAUUGCGGCACCGACUGCAACGGCGGUGACUGCGCCAGUCACAACAACGGCGCCGGCACCGACGACAUCGGUGCCUCCAAGCGCACCGACGCAGCACGUUGUGGAAGAAGACAUGUUUGACUUGACAUGAGCCCGACGACGCAGCUCGUACCGCAUAAGGAUCGAAGACUUUAUACACUGGAGAGAGGAAUCCACACUUGAUGGUGUCAACACAACCGUGGUGGGUUGCACCAAGAUGACGUUUUGGCCCA